ACAGCAAUCGAUAAGAAAGUAAUGAAAUGUCCAGGUAUCAUUAAUCACCAACAGCAAUUAUUCUUCAUACAACGCAAAAACGUUCCACUUAUCGACCGCAAUUUUAAUCAGCAAACAUGGAGCAAACGUUCUCCAGCAGAAAUUAUAAUUCCAAUUUUUCAUGGCAAAAUCGCGCGUUAAUUAUCAUUCAGUACAUAUUUUUCAAAACAAUUGGUCUAUCACCCUGGGCGCUGAAUCUAGCCCAAAUAGUGAAAAAGUGUAGAGGCAGAAAUUUUUCCAAUCAAACAAUUACAAUCACCACAUCUGUCUAUGGAUCGUUGUACAAUAUUAUAUUGAGUUUAUUGAUAAUAAUUUAUAAUAUUCUUUGUUUUCUUUACGAAUUUGUUUAUAACGAAAAUGAUCUCCACAUAGCAAUCGCUGUAAGAGUCAGCCUAAGAAUCAGUGGCGGUAUGGCGAUCAUCGUUGUUUGGAUUUCAUACAUCUUGCGGCAAAAAUUAAUCAUCCAAACAGUGAGAAAGUUUGUAAAUGUUGACAGAAUUCUAGCCAAGUGUUGUUACAAGACCAAUCAACCGAUUAAUGACAACUACGUUAAUCUAGUUAUUCUAAGCCAUUUUAUCUUGUCGUUUGUUGGGUUAAUAGUAGUGUUAAAAGUUUAUCCGAUAAUUAUAAUACCAGUCCGGUAUGUACCAGCUGUAAUUAAUAGUUGGGUGAUGACACAGUAUUCAUUAAUUCUUAACAUGAUGAUUAAUCGGUUGAAGAUUAUCAACACAAGGAUUUUAAAACUUGGGAAUGUUGAAACUUCCAUCAAAUCUCGAGUUAUACUUGCCGAGAGACCUCCCUUGACUGAUCCAAAAUUAGUCGCAUUUGAUCUCAGACACAUCAGCAGUGCUCAUUCCCAAUUAUCCGAAUUAUCCAGUGAAGUAUCUAAUUUCUUUGGGAUUCCCAUUUUACUCGUUAUCAUUUACAGCGGGGUAUCCGGAACAGUUUACUUGUACUUUGUAAUUUUUUCCUUUUUUGAAAAAUAUAAACAAGAAAAUAUUAUUAAUUAUUUUAGUGUUGGUUUAUGGUUUUCUUACAUGAUCUUGAGUUUCAUUUUUAUGACUACAAAUGUUACUAGAAUAAAAGUUCAGGUACUGCAGAAAUUCCACCUGUUUUCAAAACUUUAUAGAUUGGCUUUUUUCAGAGUAAACAAACCGCUGAAGCUAUUCAUCUGGUUUUGGAUCGGUUUCUUGGAAUUUUCAAGAAAUCUUUUGCACCAAAAAAUGGAGUUCAAUGCAUGUGGAAUUAUUUCAUUAGACAAUUCUCUUCUAUUUGCCGUUUCUGGUACGAUAGUGACGUAUCUCAUCAUCCUCAUCCAGUUUCGCAUAAACAAUCAAGUUUAAUUAAAUAUAAAGAGCAUCACUUACCUGCAAG